AUGGCAUCCCUCCCCCUUCCCCCUCCUGUCUCCAGUCGAUUCGUCUCCACCUCCGCCCUCAACUUCCACAUCCUCGAGGCCGGCUACUCUCCCGAUCGCAAUCGUCCUCUGAUCCUGCUUCUCCAUGGCUUCCCCGAACUGGCCUUCUCGUGGCGCGAGAUCCUUCCCCGUCUAGCAGAGGCAGGAUACUAUGCCGUCGCCCCCGACCAGCGGGGAUUCGGCCGCACUACAGGUUGGGACACCCGCAGCUACGACGAGGUAGACCUGUCCACCUUCUCGCUCACCUCGCUAGCACGAGACAUGGUGAUUCUCGUUCACGCCCUGGGGUACCGCUCCGUGCGCUGCGUCGUGGGCCACGACUGCGGCGCCGUAUCCGCCGCCAUGUGCGCAUUGAUUCGGCCAGAUUUCUUCGAAAGCGUGCUCCUGCUGAGCCAUCCGUUCAACGGCACGCCAUCGCUGCCAUUCAACACCGCCAAGAACCAUGACCAUGGCGACGGAACCCCAGGAAGCAGCGGCGGCAUGGAAUCCACCGCCAGCAACAGCAUCCACGCCGAGCUGGCUCAGCGCAACCGCAAACACUACAAAUGGUACUACUCCACCGCCUCUGCACUAAGGGCAUGUGAUCUGUCACAUGCCCUAUAG